CUAAAAUGAGUAAAGCAAAGACUGCAAAUUGGUUUCAAAAAUCUUUUUUGUACUUGAAUUCUUGGGUAAAAUCAUCCGACAAGUUUGGUGUUCCAGUCAGCCUCAACUUCAGAGGCGAGGAAUCCUUUAAAACAACAAUUGGAGGAAUAUUUUCGUUGAUCUCUGUGGUUCUCCUAGUGAUGUACACUGUUUCAGAAAUGAGAUUAGUAAUCACUAAAGGAAAGACUAGCAUCAAUAGUAAUAUUGUUUCCAGGAAUUUGCUUGAAAGCAAAGAGACUUAUCAGAUUGCUAAGAAUGACUUUGUGCUUGGUAUGGGAGCAAAUACAAAUGAACUUAUGGAUCCAACUUAUUUUAACUUUCAAUACAAGAACAAAAUCAUUGAAAAAGAUCUUAUCGGAGGGCCUGAAAUCAGGAAUGAAGAUGUAAAAUACUCCAUAGUUCUUUGUGAUGAUAAAUUUGAUAAGUUUAUUGAUAAAGAAGCAGCGAGGAGACUAAAUAUGCACUUAACUCUUUGUCCAAAUUCAAGUGAUUGGAGAAUUGGAGGAUCUGAAACAGGAUAUCAGUUUAGUUCAUUCAUUGGAUCAAUUAGAAGAUGCUCGAGUAGUGUACCUGGAUUUUGCAAAUCAGAUAUCAAUAAUAAAAUAAAUUCUCAAAGAUUUUUUGUGGCAUCAUCAAAUUACUACUUUGAUGUUGAUAAUUAUGAUAGCCCAGUCAAUGUUACAUUUGAAGAUGAGUUCAAUUACGCUCUUAUCCAAGGUAUGACUGUUGAAAAAACUCUAAGGGUGAGGAUAAAUAAAGCAUAUGAUUACACCAGCAUCUGGUAUCCUUCUGAGCCCAAAGAGUACACUUAUUACUCCAUAGAGUCUGUGAAAGAUGAUCUUCAAGCAGAAAAUGGAAGUGGAGACUUGGCCAGAAUUAAUAUAAUUUUGGACAAAAACUACAAAAUUGUUGAGCGCAAAGUAUAUACGUUCUAUGACAUGUUAGGACAAGUUGGAGGAGUCAUGGGUAUUAUAUACUCUCUCGGCUCUGUUUGAGUGAGCUUCUUCUCUGGAAAAAUCUAUAUUAUGACAUUACUAUCGUACUUUUAUAAAGUGGAAAGAAGUUCUGAUAUCCACAAAGUUACACCUUCUCAGAAAAUCAGUGUUAAAAGGCUCAAUUCUUUCCAAGAAGAUUUGAGCAAAAUUGCAAUCAAAGAAGAGGAGAAGUUUGAGGAUUCCAAAUGUAACAUCAGGAGUAGGACACAUGAAGAUAGUAGCUCAAAUAAAGUCUCUCAGCUUAAAGAAAAACUGACCUCGCUUCAAUAUUAUAAAUAUUCCUGUUGAGAUCUUUUCUACUCAAUUUUCUGAUGCUCAAAAUUUAGACGAAAGAAAUCAAAGGAGACACCUUUAUAUAAAAGGUAUAAAGAUUAUAGCUGAGGGAGAAAGAAGAUUGCUCAAGAGCUUGACUUGAUUUCAAUCAUUGAUACAAUGAGAACAGUCCAUAUUCUUUCGAAUAUUAUUUUUGAUAAGCAUAAAUAAAGUUCUUGCUCAGCAUCAACCGAUAAACCUGUGAUUUAAUGCUAAAGCAAAUUCAAAGCUAGAUUACCCUAAAACAGAAGAGAAAAUAAACCAAGAGAAAUUUUCUAAAACUCAGUUGGACACACUUCAAGACCUAGAACAAGAACUACUCUCCGAUCCCAUAACUCUAACACUCUUCACCAACAUAAUCCAGGCACCUGAGCUAGAUGGUGCUGUUAAUAAUCCCAAAAAUAAGCCUCUUCAGACCCCCAUAUCCUCAGACUUCCAAUUCCAAAAAGCACCUUAACUACCCUCUUACCAUUCAUAAUUUAUUUUGUUCAA